ACACCAAUGGGCAUGCCGCGUGUAGCUCCCACUCACUGGCAUCAGAAACACGAGACAUCUCCAGUCCCGCACAGGUUCACACAUAUACACACCAGCGUUGCGUAGACCGAGGCUGCAUUUCUGCCAAAUACACGCUGGAGAUAGCAAAUCAUUAAAACAGGAGGGGACAAAGAGUCCUGCAGCUGUCAAACACACCGGACUCAAGGUUCUGCACCAUGAAGACCAGACUAGGCUGCCUGUCCAACAAGUCCGACUCCUACAAUGACUUCUCUGAGUUCCUUCCACCUGCCCAUGAAACCACAGCCAGGUGUUUGAAACUAUCGACGGACGAGGUCGUUCGAUGGUCAGAAUCCUUCGAUCACCUUCUUUCCCACAAAUAUGGCCUUGCCGCCUUCCGGACAUUUCUCAGGACAGAGUUCAGCGAAGAGAACAUCGAGUUCUGGAUGGCCUGCGAGGAGUACAAGAAAAUCAAGAGCUCCACCAAACUGGUGUCAAAAGCGAACAAGAUCUUCAAGGAGUUCAUUGAUGUUCAAGCCCCGAGAGAGGUAAACAUUGAUUUUCGUACCAGGGAAAAGACCAAGCAGAGCCUGGAGGAUCCAUCGCCGACCACCCUCAACGAGGUCCAGGCUCAAGUCCACAGCCUCAUGGAGAAAGACUCCUACCCGCGAUUCCUCAGGUCUAAAAUGUACCAAGAAAUGGUCAACAGGGCACACGCACAGGGCCAGCGGAGGUCUGUGUGACUGACGGAGAUGGCGACAGUGGACGUUAAACUUGGACCUACACUGUAAAUCAUUCAUUAGAACCUAAACGUCUUCUCUGAAUACUGUGAAUCUGCGAGGAUGGGGGGUAACAUGCUUGACCGUUUCCUCCGUCUACACCAGCUCCGUGCAUGAAAUCCCUCUUAAGAUGUGUUUCAGUGUAAUGACUGGUUCAAGGAAGUGGGUUGGACGAGGAUAAGCUCAGUGUUUUACCUCUGCUGGGUAAUAUGUCUGAAAAUGUCAUUACAAUAACAAUGACGUCAUACCAUGUGAUAAUGAUAUCUGUUGCCAUAAAUGCUUAUAAUAAUCAAAGCCUUUUUAUGUUUUCCAUGACUUUAACCUUCAUACCUUUCAAGAAAUAUAUCACAUUUCAGUUUCUACAAGCAGCUUGAUACCCAUGUUUGCGUCAGGGCAGAUGGAGGCAGCAGCAACGUUGGGCUAGUAAAGCGAGCUGACUGCAAACCCAGUUUUGCUUGUCAGAGCCCAUUUCCAGAUGCGGCGCUCAAAUAGUUUCUGCUUGCGAGGACCAAACAGAGGUAGAAUAAUACAAUAAAACAAAAAAAGAAGAAACUAAAAUUAUACGUGAGAAUUGCAUGUUUGUACGUGUUGUAUACUGGAAAGGACGUUGUUCUCCUUUGUUUGCUUGGUAAGUUUUUGCCUCAAAAUACUGAACGCACGCUCUGUUUGACUUACUGCGGAAUCAUUGUGGUAAAAGAUGGCGGCCGACAGACAGCAAGGCCCAAGUAACAACUAAGGCUUUAUUUAUAUUUAUAGGAGAUGAUGCACUUCCACAAACUUACUCAUGGGAAGAAUAUUCCAUUUCUGCCAAUAAACAUUCCUGACUUUGAAACACUAGACUAUUAAAGAACAACAGGAAGUGCUUUACAAUAUAAAUUUCUCACCUGUAUAUCUCUAACAUGCCCUCAGAAAUGUCCCAUACUUGUUUCUGUUUUUUUGAUAUUCAACUGUUGUUGACUGGAUGAUCAUUUAUUGUGAUAAUUAUCAUUGUUGCUUUAUUGCCCAGCACUACCUCUACUACCAUGUUUACGCUGAACCUCAACGUGAGUGAACGCUGAAUACCCAAAUAACUGUGCCAAAUUAGAUUACAGAUAUGAAUACUAUACAGUAUCUAAGCUACAUAAUCCUGUGUAAUGUAAACUCUUGCAGGUAUUGUACGUGAUAUUAAAUGUAGCAUAUGGGGCCAGGGUUGGGCAGAUUUGAUGCUUUCACUUCACCCAGUUAAUGAAAUCGAAUUGUUUUAUCAUUACUCUUGAACUUGUUGAUCAUUCAUGAUCAGGUUUGUGCUGUUUUAUGUACAUUUCCUUCAGGACACAGUAUAUUUAAAUGGCACUGCUUCAUUUAAAUAGAUAUUUAACGUUCAUACGAUCCCGAAGUGAAAGCACAGACGACCCAACCCCCAUAGAAUGUGUUGCGUGACCUUGAAUUCUUUUGCAGCAUGACACAAUACACGGAAUAAACUAUUUAGAUAUCCUUUGCCUUGUACAAUGUGAAAAUGAACAUCUUUAAUACGUCCGUGACAUAGCCAGCGUGCUCCCUUUGCACUCCUCUGUAACACAAUAAGCUAAUUGAAAAGAUUUCCCCGGGGAGGCAAACGUUUUCUUAGUACUGCAUGUGUGCCGUUUUGAAAUGAGACAAAACACAUCACCCUAUAUACGGUAUGUAACUGUGUUCCACAUGAAUGUAACCGCCACCCCCCCCGAUAUUAAAAUAAACUUCUGUCUACA